AUGGUGCGUACCAAGCAAACUGCUCGUAAAUCAACGGGAGGAAAAGUUGCCCAAAAACAGGCCGCUAAGAAAGCGGAUAAAAAUGAGAAAUUGGUCGUAGGAGGCGUGAAAAAAUUCCGCACAUUCCGCCCCGAUGUUGGCGCUCUUAGAGAACUACGGCCCUACCAAAACUCCACAGAGUUUCUCAUCGGUAAGCUGCCUUUUCAACGCUUCGUGCGAGAAGUCGCACAAGAUUUGAAGAAAGUUAUUUGUUUCCAGGCUGCUGCUAUUGGCGCUUUGCAGGAAGCGAGUGAAUCCUAUUUGGUUGGAUUAUUCGAGGACGCAAACUUAUGCGCCAAGCAUGCCAAAAGGAUAACAAUCAAGCCUAAAGAUAUACAGUUGGCCCAUCGCAUCAGAGGCCAAAAAGAAAGAGAUUAA